AUGGCAAAAAUCGCUUCUGAAUCUUGUGUUUUUUUUCGAGUCCCGAUUUUCGAAAAUCAUUUCUCGUAUUACUGUUUUGACUUUUGAUUUAUUUAUUUAGUUAGGUGCAGUUAGGAAAAACCCGUAGUUGCUGUUGAAAUGGAUAAUAUUGUUCAGUGUUUAGCUGGAUAGAAUAACUUCUUCUUGGAUAGAAUAAUUAGAACCUGCACUUAGUGCACUAGUACUCAUUGUCAGCCAAAAACUUUAGGAUUUCCGAAAUAUUGCAGACAUCCCUGCAACAUGCAUACAACUUUGAUCCUUAUGGGUUUUAAGAAGGGGAAGAUUUUCCCCGUGCAGUUCAAAGAACUGUUGCCUUUGAAGCUGAAGAACAGCGUUUCCUUCAAAGGAUUACAAGUUGAUGCGCCAAGGACAUGCCUUCAGCCAAUGACGGAAAUGUUCGAAUGUUUCAAAAAGAAUGAAUUCAGUCAGACAGCGUGCGCGGCCGAGAUCCUUGCGUUCAAAGAAUGCAGCAUGUUAUCCGCGAAAGAAAUGGAAUUGCAAAAAGUAAACCGGAAAACUAACCAACUGAACCCGAGUUCAGAAAGGCUAACAACUCGCCAGGCGAAUGUUCUUCUGGGCAAAUUCCCUCAGCACAACGAUCCCGCGCCCGAUCGCUGGCCCUGAGAAAACAAAAUCCAGAGUCUAUUUGUUAGUGUUUUUCCUGGUUUUGUAUAAAGUUUGAGCGGAAUUCUUUUAAAUCGCCGGAUGUUAAUUUGUGCAUAGAUACCGAAAUUUACUGUCCAGUGUCCACUACCUUUUUUGAGUACGACAUCGGUGCGCCUUCCAAAAUUGUAAAGAAAAUUAACAAAAGUU